AUGGCCAAGCACUUGCUGCCAGAAUUGCUGAUUCAUUUGGCAAAGGAUUUUUUCUAUUGGCUAAUCAUUGAUAUAUGUGUGAAUGAUAAUUCACAGAAUGCAAUGGGCUGCUUAAAAACUCUUCUUAUGGGAGAGACUGGAGGAAAUGACAAUUCAGGUAAGAACCCUGGGACAAGUGAAGAGCCAGGGCAAACUAAACGGCCAAAAAAUUCAUUCCUUAACUACGAGUUAAUCAAAUUGGGGGCAGUGAUAUUUCUGGCUCCAGGAAAUCUACCAAUUGGAUGUGUGCCAAUCUAUCUAACGCGUUUUCAGACUUCUAAUAAGCAAGAUUAUGACCGCUCUGGUUGUUUGAUUUGGCUAAACGAGUUCUCCAAGUACUAUAAUGAAAUGCUUUAAAAAGAACUAAAAAAAAUCUGAAGGUAUCCUCGAGCCAACGUUGUUUAUGCAGAUUAUUACCACGCCGCAAUACCAUUAUAUCGUUAUCCAAGGAUGUUUGGAUUUAAUAGGACUAGUACUGCCUGCUAUGGAGGCGGAGGUCCAUAUAAUUUUAACUUCUCGUCAGGUUGUGGUAGGCCAGGCACAAAAUCUUGUGAUGAUCUUUCCUCGCAUGUUAGCUGGGACAGUUCCAUUUCGCAGAACCAACCUAUAGAUUGAUUUUCAAGGCUCUUCUGGAUGGUUCACGUACCAUUCCUGGGCUCGAUAUUCCCUGUUCCUGAUCAUCUGCCCGCAAGUGAUUAACACAAUAAUAUCCAAGCAUAGCCUUAGAGAAUGAAAGAUGCUUUUCUUCUUGCAUUUCUAAUUUUCAGAUGUCUACCUGUUAUCAUCCAAUUGGUUCUGUAACCAUCCCUGCUAAAAAAAUCUUUGCCUUUCGGUCCAUAGUUUUUCCUCCUCUUAGCGAUGCAUAAUCUAAUUGUAAACUUGGUAAGUACUUGUAAAUUCAUAAAUUUUCUGGCAGAUGAUCUGUUAUUGGUUGAAAA